GUUGUGGAAGAAAGGAUCACAGUCAGGAGGCUGCGUUGAAGGGCGAUAAACAAGCAUCAAUGUAUUUUUUUUUUUGUUUAAUAAAAUGCGUGCGCACCGGCUUAGCAUAUAUGGAAUAGGAUUUUAGGAUUGGGACUGCAUUUAUGCACCGCCCUGUUUUGCGCUCCGAAGCAACGCGUCAAAGAAAUCAGAUUUCUCUGGGCGACUUGUGUUUACACAGGAGCCAUCCAAAGCCACGUUUUAGCACGCAGGCUUGGUUGGGACAGUACAGUACAAGACUGUUUGGCAUUUGAGUCACUGCCCAUGCAAACAGUGGAGCACCAGAGCAAGGACGCACGCUACAAAUACGUGACCAUAUAAGUGAAUUUACUGAAGAAAAACUGCAUCGGGGAGAUUUUGGUAACAUGGAGUGUUGCAGCUGAUCGACAGCGCGAGCACAUGUUGUGCAUGUAGCUAAUCGAUGCGUUGAACUUUAUGGCUGUGGACAUGGAAACUGUUGCAAACUAACCACAACUGCGUAUAUUUGAAAGAAAGUCAACACAUCGCUGUCAAGAACCGAAAGUGUGGUGGGUCGACAUGGAGAGCCCAGAGGAGAGGGAGAGCAGCCCUCCGAAGUCAGACAGGAGGUUCUCCCUGACUUACAUCGGCUGGUCCUCGCUCGACAGGCGGACCACCCUGCCCAUGCUGCCAUGGCUGGUGGCAGAGAUCCGCAGGAAAAGUGAGAAGGGCGACUGCGGCCCCGUGGUGCAGCCCAGAGAAGUUCAGCUGGCCCUCAACCCCCCCUUCGUCCGCUGCGUCCCGUCCAACAGCAACAACUCCUCGGUCUUUAUAUUCGAGCACAAGGCUCAGCUCAUCUCUCGCUUCAUCCACAACAGCAAUGACCUCAGCUAUUUUGCCUACCUGCUGCGGGGACAGCCUGACAACCCCGAGUCCGAGAUGUCCUGUCACGUCUUCAAGGCCUGCGACCCUAACCAGGUCCCUGAGGUGAUCAGCAGCAUUCGCCAAGUGUCCAAAUCUGCCCUAAAGGAAGACGUCAAGCCCAAACAGGAAGCUGACGAGGCCUUUUACAACUCCCAGAAGUUUGAAGUGCUUUACUGCGGCAAGGUGACAGUUCUGCACAAAAAGGCUCCAGCCACCCUCAUCGAUGACUGCAUCGAUAAGUUUCGUCAGCAUGAGGUCGAGCGCAAGCGUCUUCGACUGCUCAACGGCCAGCGAGGGUCCACAGACAGCCCCCCUGUGGAGUUCCUCAUUGGAGGAGAUGGAGACCCGCUGUCCUCUGCUCUGAAUGAGAGUAUUGAAGACCCUGAUGGCCUUAUAGUGGAGGACAUGGCUGGAGGUAAAGGCUUGUGUAGCAGUGCCAGUCAGAGCAGUCUGCGAGGAGCAUUUCCCGAGUGCAUCCUGGAGGAUUCUGGUUUUGAGGAGCCUCAAGAGUUCCGGACACGCUGCAGCAGCCUGGCGGGGAGUCUGCAGAGGAAGCCAGGGGAGGGCGUCAUCAUGGGUCCCACACGGCGCAGACACUCGAGCGCACCAAACCACGUUCAGCCGUCUGAUUCAGAGAAGAACCGCACCAUGCUCUUCCAGGUCGGGCGUUUUGAAGUAAAUCUCAUAAGUCCAGACAGUAAGACAGUGGUGCUGGAGAAGAAUUUCAAAGACAUCUCAUCCUGCUGUCAGGGUGUCAAACAGUCCGACCAUUUUGGAUUCAUCUGUCGGGACCAGUCAGAGUCGGGUCCCAGUCAGUAUGUGUGCUUCGUUUUCCAGUGUGCCAGUGAGUCCCUGGUGGACGAGGUGAUGCUGACCUUGAAGCAGGCCUUCACUACAGCAGCAGCCUUACAGAGCAACAAGACCCAGAUCCAGCUCUGUGAAGCCUGCCCCAUGCACGACCUGCACAAGCUCUGUGAGAGGAUUGAAGGUCUCUACCCACCCAGAGCAAAGCUGGCCAUCCAAAAAUAUCUCUCCCAGCUGACUGACAACGAGCAGGCUGAGAUUUUUGAGCGAGUUCAGAGACUGAAGCCCGGGUCAGACCACGAGGAGAACGAGCUGGUGAUUCUCCAUCUGAGGCAGCUCUGUGGAACCAAACAGAAGUCCCACCUCCACAUCGGAGAGGCCCCGCAGAUUGCAGCGAACAGCUCUUCAGCAGCAGACGGCGCAGCCACCAGCAGCCGCUCCAAACUUGAUGUUCUCAAGAAUAAAGCACGCACCUCCCUCACUAACUCCCUGGAGAACAUACUUGCGAGGGGUGCCAGCCGGAUGCGGGGCCGUUUGGGAAGCAUGGGAAGCAUUGGCGGUUUUGAAAGGCAAGAUGAGGAAUCUCCCGGUCACUCCCCUCCUGGUUCUCCUCCUGCUUUCCCCGACGAUGACCCAGAAGCCGGCCUGCAGUUCCGUCGGCGCGCCCACACCUUCAGCCAUCCACCUGUGAAGAAGCGAAUCUCCUUCGAGGGACAGCCGGCUGCCCAGAGCAAACAGGCUCCACUGCGCAGACAACAGUCUGUUAACCCAGAGCUGCUGCAGAGCAGUCCCGUGGCUGUCUUGAGAACGCGCAGCGUUUCGGAGAGCGAGUCCACCUUCAGCCUCCCCUCCUCCUUCUCCGCCCCCACUUUCCUGAAAAGCAUUUACCAGGGCUCACUGGGCUCCCUGAGCUCCCUGGCAGACAGUGGGAGCCUCAAGAGCAAUGGGGAAGGCAGGAAGAGGACCCUGUCUGGCUGCAGCAGCGACUCACUGAGCGGAGGUCCCCCUCCGACCCCACGCAGGGUCUCCUGGAGACAGAAGAUCUUCCUGAGGGUCGCUUCACCCUUGAACAAGCCUGCAUCCAUGCAGCACACAGACCACUCUGAUGGCCGGGAGCUGCUGCCGCUCUCCCCUCGUGGCUUGGACUCAAGUCUGGAUCCUCUGGGGCGUCUGCUGCCACUGGCGGUUGACCCCCUGUCUGGGGAGAGGCCUAAGAGGACGGGGGCUGACUAUCGGGCCCUCUGGAAGACUGCCAUCCACCAGCAGAUCCUGCUGCUGCGCAUGGAGAAGGAGAACCAGAGACUGGAGGAAGCGAGCAGGGAUGAGCUGCACAUCCGCAAGAUGAAGCUGAACUACCAGGAAGUGGGCCAGUGCUCCAAAGAGGCGCAGGCAUUGUGGGAGAGAAAACUGACAGCCCCGGGCAGAACGACAGUCCCACAAGACAAGGAGGAGAUGUAUCGUGCACUCUGCCAAGGCGUUCCUAAGAGCAGACGCGGGGAGGUCUGGUUACUCCUCUCCCAUCAGCACCGGCUGCGUCACAGGCUGCCUCAGCGUCAGCAAGCUCCAGACACUCCGUACCACGACCUGCUCAAGCAGCUCACCGCACAGCAGCAUUCGAUUCUGGUGGACCUAGGCCGGACCUUCCCCACCCACCAGUACUUCUCAGCCCAGCUGGGCGCAGGGCAGCUUUCCCUCUACAACCUUCUGAAAGCCUACUCUCUGCUGGAUACAGAGGUUGGUUACUGCCAGGGUAUCAGCUUUGUGGCUGGGGUGCUGCUGCUACACAUGAGUGAGGAACAGGCCUUUGACAUGUUGAAGUUCCUCAUGUAUGACCUCGGCAUCAGGCAGCAGUACAGACCCGAUAUGGUCUCUCUGCAGGUUCAGAUGUACCAGCUCUCCAGACUGUUACACGACUACCACCGCGACUUGUACAAUCACUUUGAAGAGCACGAGAUCUGCCCCAGCCUUUACGCAGCACCGUGGUUCCUCACUCUCUUUGCCUCCCAGUUCCCCCUCAACUUUGUCUCCCGCAUCUUCGAUUUUGUUUUUGUCCAAGGGACCGGGGUGAUCUUUAAAGUGGCCCUCUGUCUGCUGAGCAGCCAUGAAGGGGAGAUAGUGGAGUGUGACAGCUUUGAGAGCAUUGUGGACUAUCUGAAAACUACACUUCCCGCACUCACCCAGACACAGAUGGAGCAGACCAUUGCAAAGGUGAUGGAGAUGGACAUCUCCAAACAGCUGCACGCGUACGAGGUGGAGUAUCACGUCCUGCAGGACGAGAUUUUGGAUGCCGGGCCGCUGCCUGAUGAUUCUGAGCGACUCGACAAACUAGAAAAGACGAAUGUGCAGUUGAAGAAGCAGAACAUGGACCUGCUGGAAAAACUUCAGGCUGCACGGCAGAAGAUUCAGUCACUAGAGACGAGCGUGGAGAACUUCCUUUCUCGGGAGAGCAAAAUGAAGCACAUGAUCCGCUCUCUGGAGCAGGAGAGGGCAGCUUACCAGAAGACCAUUGAACGCAUGCGCUCAUGCCUUCCCCCUGACGCCCUGACAGAUGUGGAGAUGACCCAGAUCAAAACAGGACCCAACGGGAAAGCCAAAACUGCAGCCAAGAAGCCCUGAUGGCAACCAGGGGGCUGGCUGCUGUGGGCAGAGACUGAAGUGAACAAAUGGAGACUGCUUCAGUGGAAGGCUGCUGAGCUCCACAGCUAUUGUUGAACUGCUGCACAAGAGCAGCAGGGUUUUUGUAAAUGUGUGAUGUCUGGACUUGAGACUGUAUGGGAAAUAUCUACGUGGUAUUUGUCAGCAUAUAAUAGAGCAGUGGGAGGAUGGUUUCAGUGAUAUUAGCAAACAGACUGUUCCAUCAAAGCUGCUGAUCUGUCUCGUCUCUUUCACUGCCAGUUUGAAGGUGAGAUCCUUCCCUUUUUCAGAUCUUUUAGUAAUCGCAGGGGGGAUUUUUUUUUUUUUUUAGAUUGACACAAGUGAGAAUGUGUCUGCCUCUGCAAAUCUUUCUGAGCACUGCCUUGAUGCAUUUACUAUCAGUCUGAGUAGCACCGCAAAAGCGUUAAAGUUGGCAAACAAUCCAGGUUUAACUUACAGCCAUUACCAGUGUGUAUGAUCUUUGCGUUCAUUGUUUUUGUUGUUUGUGAUGGAAACUCUGCCUCGGUGAUCAUAUUACUUUGUCAUUUCCUCGUCUUCACUUGAAUUUUGUGAAUGUAAUUUCCCUCCAAAGAUCACUGUGAUAUCAUUUCUGUUUUUCACAACAUCUGAGCUGCCAUAUUAGGCUUUAAGUUUCUGCAGCCAUACAUGGCAGCUCAUCCGUCAGCACCGCACCACUGCCUUCACGUGAGACAUCUUUAGUACGUGCACUUGCUGCUACUAAGGAGGAAGUGUUUCUUCCAAAGAUCAGGCAGGAUGUGAGGUCGUCUGCAGUCUCAGUUUCCUGUGUGACUGACCGCUGUGUCGCCUCUUCUUAACACCGCGAGUUCAGGCGCCCCAGGAGGCACAGAAAAACAGACAAGAGGUAGAGGAGUGAUCCGAAUGUACAUCACAUGCUUCUGUUCUUAAAGUCUGUGUGACACUUUUUGUUUUUGUCAGCCGGUGGUUUGACAAAACUAGCAGCACCCUCACUUCCUGUAGUCUGUGAAGGUGAGUUGACAAACAGCUUGAGUUGUUUGGCUCAAGAUUUUAAGACAACACAUAUCUGCAGCUGCAUUGCAAUUUGAUGUUUGCAGUGGAACUCAAGUGUUUAGGUGAGUAGGGAGGCUGAAAAAGAAAUUAAUUCAGUUUCCUUUUGAGUGUGGAAGAGUCUCUCUCCUGAUACAAAUAUAUACAGUAUAUGUACACACACACACAUUCGCAUACAAUCUGUGCAGUGAACUGUCUGACUGUAAGGGCAGACAGUUCAAAUGAGUACAGAGAGUGUCCCUGGCUGUCUCCUCAGUUUUGUUUUAUCCCACCUCCGUGUCUGACUCACCAUUGCCAGUUCUGAUUGAAAGCAAAACAGUCCUGGGCUUGACUUCGCUUUCAUAAAACGCUGUUACAUUAAAAUCAAGGUGAUGUCUAUCAUGAGAAAAGUACUUACUAACUGUGUCUACCGGCAUGCUUGUCCUUGGUGGCACGUUGAGGUGACAAAUUUGUGUCUGUCUCAAGUUUUUACUCUUAAACUUUAGUCCAGGCAGACAUAUCGUUUGACAUACAAUGCAAUACGUUAAGCAAUUCUGUGUGUUUGCAUACACCCAGAGCACUUGCUACCUUUUGCUAAGGAGCUGCAGUUUUUCACAUAAGUUUGAUAAAUCCGCCCUUGCGUUCCCUGUCAUGGUGAAAUGCUCUGUGGUAGUUGAGGGGACAUAGAGGUUUGCACCAAACUUCUCAUAAAUAAUGCUGAUAUUGUCACCUCUGAAUAGCAGGGACUCUCAACAGUUUAGAAAGUGAAACAUAUCAAAAGAUUCAUUUAGAAAUCUGUCGAAGGAUCAGCCCGUUCUCAUUUUGAACUCGUCAAAUACUGCUGUGUUGUCAGUGAUGUUGGUGUUAGAUACAGACGCAAAAGGGCACCUUUCGCAGCGGUUCAGUAUGCAACGGGCGGCAGCAGUUGUUGACAUAGCGCCUAUGUGAGAUACCAAUGCACAAAGGCACCUUUUGCAACGUUAUGAAAUAACACCACCGGUAACAACGUUAUUUAAUGAAUAAUUUCCUGACAAUACAUUACAAUUUGGUUGUAACCUGACCGAACUUAAUGAACCCCAAUUAUGUACCAUAUCUUGACCAAUUAUUGU